AUGUUACGAUUUAGGCCUACAACAUUCAGAAUAAUCCAGCGCAUUAAAUGCGUAGUUAAUUUGAGGGAUGCAUCAAAUAAUGGAGACCUAACGUAUAUGGAAAUUCCAAUAUAUAAUAUUGAAAAACCUCAAUCACUUGAAAAUAGAAAGGCGAGAUUACAUUAUCAAUCUCGCAAAAGAGGUAUGUUAGAAAAUGACCUUUUAUUAAGCACUUUUGCCAAAAAAUACUUAGACAAUUUUACUGAACAACAGACCAUGAUGUAUGAUCGCCUUAUCAACUCUCCAAGCAAUGAUUGGGAUUUAUUCUACUGGAUCGUUGAAAAGCAACCCACGCCCAAAGAAUUUGAUAAUGAAAUAAUGGAUCUACUCAAGAAACAUGCUAGAAAUGAAGAUAGAGUUGCAUUAGCUCAACCACCAUUGUACUAA